AUGGAUCCCCUAGAAAAUCACUUUUUAAAGAAGUUCCUCCUCGAGAACCAAUUGCAAAAAGAGUUGAAGUUGAUGUGGAAGGACAUGUCACUCGUUAACGACUCGGAAAAGCUCCCACUACUUUCAUUCUUCUUUCAAGAGUACGUGUCCACCUUCCCAUUUAUUGCAAACAAUACUGAGAAACAGCAACAACAGUUUUGGCAUGAUGUGUUCAAGUUUGUAGAAAACUUCAACUCUAAGCAAUUUAGCACUUCGGACGAAAGAAACGGAGUUACCAAGCGGAGCCAGGCAAAUAAAAAGCUUCUCAGUGGAUUGUUGGUGUUUUACAACUCGGUAUUCCUUAUGGGCAAUGAGAUGGAGUACCUCGCGGAACCGCAUUUAAAGGCUUCAGACACCGCCAAGCUAGACAAGUUUGAUUUCCACAAGAAAAAGAACAUAACUGUGAUUGGGUUGAAUCAGUAUGACCGAAUGAAGUUUGUAAACGGUAUCUACAUCAACAUUGUUGCAUUGAGGAGAUUUGAACAUGAGCAAUCGUGGUUUUUCAGAUCCAGCCAUCAUUAUGAGUUCGUCAUCCAGGUUGUAAAGAGUGACCCAUUAAAGACCACCUUUAUCUCACAAAGCUAUCAACAAUUGGUUAAUCUAAAUCACGAUUUAAAGAAGGAGUUGCCGGGAAUAAUGCUGACAAUGCAGAUUAGAUUACCGCCCAAGCCUAAAGAUGACGAAAACAGUCUUGAGGUGAGUAGAAUGGGGUUUAGAAGCUGGCUCAGAGAGUUGAUCAAAAAAGCCGAUGUGGUGAGGUCGGUGGCUUUCAGACACUUUUUAGCUUCCAACGAGACGACUAUGAAUGCCGAUGAUGAAGAGGACUACAAGAAAAGAAUCAAUCAUGAGAUGAGCAUUUUGCGAACUCAAAUUGAAUUUCACGACCAAACCGCAAAGGUGAUGCAGGAGUUGAGUCUCAACUUUGAAGAGCUCAAACAGUCAAUGACCAGGGAGGAUGAUGCCAUAAUGAGGCUUUUCAAUGAAAUUGGAUCUUUAAGGAGCAUCAGAGAGGCAUCGCCCCUUUUAAGAACUUUCAACGACUGGUGUAAGCUCCAACUAGCAGCCAUAGUCUACCAGACCUUUUUGGGUCUGGAUAACUCAUAUGCAAUAUUGAAGCAAACGAAAAAGUUUCACAGAUUGUUUCCCUACAGCUUGAUAUACGCAAUUUUACGAUUUACAAAUCCAAUGAAGAUGGUUUCACGAAUCGUUGAUUUGCUAUUUGUGAACAUCCCUCGUCUUCCCUCAUGGAAUAAACAGUUGACAGAGGAUUCGAAAAAAACAGGAGCCAGGAACUUGUUCUCUUUGAUACUCAUCAUGUUGUUGAAUGAGGAUUUGAAUGGUUUCGGAAAAGAGCUAGGCACUUUGGGAGAAAAGCUACAAGGAUAUGAGCUUUACAUGGAGCGGAUGGACAACUAUGUCAAUUUGCCGAAUGCGGAAAUGGCUGCAAUAAGACAACAGGCUAGUGAUAAUUUAGUAAUUACAACGUUGUCGACGAACCUUAUAUCCCCCCCUCCAGAUGAAAAAUUGGAAAGCAUUUUGGCAUCAUACAGGGGCGAAGGAGAUACGACAUUAUAUCUCGAUUUGAAGCAAUACUGGUUCCUCAAGAUUCGUACUCGCGACAAGCUUCUAUUCAAGCAGCUUUGGAAACAGCCUGAACUCAUUAAUUUGAUAAAAAGCACGGUCGAUUACUUUUACACUCCAUUGAUUAGAGUGUUUGCCAAAUCUAACGUGCAUAUCGCAUUUGCUGCUCUCGAGGGAUUGAACGACGAUAUGCUCAAAACGCUCUCGUCCUUACAGCACAACCACCAUUUAAACUCGACUGAAAUUUACCAAAGAAUCAAGACAGUUUUAGAUAACCACGAGGAGGUGCUUUGGAGCUUUAUCCGUGAUGUCUAUGUCAAUGAUGACGAGAAAAUAUUUUACAAACUAAUUGUGUGGAUUGAGCGAUUCCUCACGCUAGUGAGAUUGAAGUUUGAAAAUGAGCAAACUGUUUUGCUAAGCGUCAAAGUCGAAAAUGCCGACUCACCUUUAUUCAAAAAGCAAUUGCAUACGAAAAUCGAAGCUACAUUGGCUAAACGUAAACUAUUCAAAGAAUAUUUAGAAGCAAAGAAUUUGCAACGAGACGAGUUGGAGAGGGACUGGGAAAAGAUGAAUGACGGGUUGCUUGGCAGUACAACAGCAGGCGACUUUGGCGUGAAGAGCGAGGAUUUGCAAGAUAUAAACAACGUCACUAUAGAGGAAAAGAUUUUAGAAUCCGACCAGACCAACCUUGAAAAAGAUUUGCUUGCAAAGUUGAAUGCAAUUGACACCAGUUUUCAAACUUCGGAAUUGGACAAGAUGGAUAUAAGCGGAGAGGUCAAAAAUGCACUACAAAGAAUUAAACAGGCGACUAGCAGCUCCUAA